CUAAACCAGAGUCGAGUCUGCUUCUCCAUGGCUUCUAUCGCCGUUCCAUUCAGCGCCUUCACCUCCACAUCCCUCUUGAAACCGACUCCCUUAUUUUCACUAACAGUAUCUUAUUCUCGCUCUCACCUCAAACAUUUCCCUAAUAAACGGGCUAAAUUCCGACCCCUCUAUGUCGCUCAUGUUGCCACCGCCGAUGGAUUUCCGAUGGAUGAAUUCUCUGCCGAUGGCAGCGUAGAUACAAAGGGAACAGGAGACGAAAAGUGGAGUGCUGCUGAAUACGAGGCCUUGCUCAAAGGUGGUGACCAGGUCACAUCUGUUCUACAAGAAAUGGUGAAGCUCUUGGAGGAUAUGAACAUGGAUGAGGCCUUGGAGGAGGUGGCAGUGCAUUUGGCUGCACAGGGGGUUAUUGGCAAGCGAGUUGACCAGAUGGAGUCGGGGUUUAUGAUGGCUCUUGAUUACAUGAUACAACUUGCUGUGAAGGAUGAGGAUGAAAAGAGAAAAUCUCUCUUGGAGGUUAUUAAGGAGACUGUACUGUCACAUCUCACAAAAAAAUGUUCGCCCCAUGUUCAAGUUGUUGGUCUGCUUUGCCGAACUCCCCAGAAGGAAAGCAGAAAUGAAUUAAUGAGACGAGUGGCUGCAGGUGGUGGCGUAUUUGAGGGUAAGGAUGGCACAAAAGUUCAUCUUCCGGGAUCCAAUUUAAAUGAAAUAGCAAACCAGGCUGAUGAUCUCCUUGAGGUUGUUCUUCAACGAUGCAUGGUAUUCAAAAAACGACCCGUCUUUUGUGCUGUAUUCCCAUUAGAAUACAUCAUUGUUAAAACAUUUCUUGUGAUGUUAAAUUUCACUGUGGGAAAAAGGCAUAAUUGCUACAGAGUUAUCACAAUGUUUGUUGAGAACACAAUGGAAUCACGCCCUGUUGUUCCCGACCGAAAGCUACUCGCAAGGCUCGUUUUGAUCAGAGAAGAAGCCAGGAAUAUGAUGGGAGGCGGAAUAUUGGAUGAAAGAAAUGAUCGUGGUCUCAAUACACUACCUGAAUCAGAGGUCAACUUUUUGACCAAGCUAGUUGCCUUAAGACCGGGGAAGACUGUGCGCGACAUGAUAAAAAAUGUGAUGCAAGGAAAAGAUGAAGGCGCAGAUCGUUCUGAGAGCGAAGGUGGAAUAGCAGGAAGGGCUAGCGUUACGGGGCGUAAACCCUUACCAGUCCGACCUGGCAUGUUUCUUGAAACUGUUACCAAGGUUAACUUGCAUGUUUCCCUCGUUUCUGCAAAAGUUCACCAGAACACUCUUCAAAUUCUUCAAGAAAUCGCUUUCUAGUUUUUGCCAACAGUGAUUUUGAGGUACCUUUUUGUCUGGUUAUCCCUCGUCUAAGUUCUCCCUUUGGAAAAGUUUUGGGUAUACCAUGGAACUAGGAAGAAUCUUCUUCUGUAUUAGAUGCCAUCAUCCUCAGCCAGCAUAACUGCUCCAGUUCUCAAAGUUGCUAGUAUAAAGCAGAUUAAGAAAUAUCAAUCCCCUUUCACAUUUUCCUUUAUAUUGGUGUAGAAUUUGAAAAUGGCUAUGAAAUGUCUGAUGUGGGGGUCAGACUAGGAAAGGCGAAAAGUUACACUUGGAUUUUUCUUUUUCUUUAUGUAGAAAGUGAAUGUUAUUGUUGAUAUAGUAUGGUAUAAUGGAAAUGUAUGUUUUCCUAGUGAGAAGUCUCGUAUUGUGUAUUUGCAAUUGAAGCAAGAAGUUAGCGCACACCAUAGAAAUUUUUGUGGGUUGAAUAACUUGGCAUGGAUUUCUGACCCAUUUUUUACCGACUAAUCCGUUCUUAUUGUGAUCGUACAUAUAUUGCUCAAGUUUUAGAGUUCAAAAUCAAUAAAGCUGAAAGUUGUUGCCAGUGAAUGAUGCUUCUAGAGCUUUUUAAGUAUGAUAUGCAUCGUUACUUAGAAUUGUCCGAA